AUUGCCAAACACCAUUCUCUCUCUCUCUCUCUCCACUCACCACUCCUCCUCCCCCUUCCCAGCUUCCCCUCAAAAACGCCAACCCAAGAAGCUCUCUCCUUCACACAAACUCUCUCUCUCUCUCUCUCUCUGUGUUGUUCAUGGAACCCCCACCUGCUCGCGGCCGUGAGUCGGCCGCGCCGAAGCUCGACUCGGCGGGAGAAGAGGCGGAGCUCGAGCUGGGCCUCGGGCUCAGCGUGGGCGGUGGCGGCAAGCGCGUCUCGGCCCGCGAGCCGCGCGGCAGGAUCUUGACGGCCCGCGACUUCCCUUCGUCGGUGGGGACCAAGAGGACCGCCGACGAGUCCGUCUCGCAGGAAGGUGGCGGCGGAUCCCCCACCUCCGGAAGUCAGGUUGUAGGAUGGCCACCUAUAAGGGCAUACAGGAUGAACAGCCUGGUCAACCUCUCAAAGGCUCCUCGAGCCGAGGACGACCUAUCACCGAAUGAAAAGAGCAAGUCAAAGGAUGGUUCGGAGGACAAAAUGCGUACUGGUGGCAAGACUGAUGUUGACAGCAGAGAGCAAAGGAAUAUCGGGUUUGUGAAGGUGAACAUGGAUGGGAUCCCCAUCGGAAGGAAAGUGGACUUGAAUGCUCAUGCUUGUUAUGAGACUCUAGCUCAAGCUUUGGAAGACAUGUUCUUCCGACCUGCCAAAACUGUUGAUUUAACUGGGGUUGAAGGAAAUAGGCAGGUCAAGAAGUCCUCGAAGCUUCUCAAUGGAUGUUCUGAGUUUGUGCUAACUUAUGAAGAUAAAGAGGGAGACUGGAUGCUCAUUGGAGAUGUUCCUUGGGGGAUGUUCCUCACAGCUGUCAAGAGACUUAGAAUCAUGAGGACUUCCGAAGUGAAUGGAAUAGCUCCGAGAUUCCAACAAAGGAGCGAGAGGCAAAUGAGAAAGCCGAUAUGAUAGCGCCCUCAUCAGGAUUCUCACCCUUCCAAAUCUGACUACACGAAAGAAGCAAAUACCUCGGAAGCUUAUAAUUUAGGAAAACUAUAGACACCCGAUGAGAGCGUGCCCUGACGAAAUGUGCCGAUCUUCCUGCUAUACAUUCUGCCGACCAUCCUCCGGUUGUCUUUUAUAUUUGUUGUAUUUCCUUUCUUUAUUUUUUGUGUCUUCAAAGGGUAGAUUCAUCUCCAUCUGAGUCCUUCCGAUCUCUCCAACAGGUGGAGUCAUGAGGUGCUCUGCAUAUUUUGCUGAAUGUUUUUCGUUUUUUGGAUUCUCAUACUGUAAAUAUGGGAAUACUGAGUUAUCUAGAGGGUUUGAGUUUGAA